AUGGAGAGUUCCCCGGGAACGGAUGGCGUCACCCACGGGCCGCCACCGGAUGCGUCCCAGACUUCACCGUCGCCUCCGGCCGACUCGCCAACCCAGCCGGAGCCUGCCUCCGAAUCCCCUCACCCCAGUCUCUCUCGUUCCGAGCCCUUCUCCCAGCAGAAACGCUUCUCCUUACCUCCCCGUGCCAACCCCGCCGCCCGACAUAGCAAGCGGUUGACCUUGAACUUUCCCGUCAAUCUCGCUUUGAACCAGCCCGCUGUGUUCCCCUCCGAUCCCAGUGUCUCUUCGCCUGGAUCCAUGACCCCCAUCACGCAGUCUUCGACCCGCCCGUCCCCCGCGCUCCCCGCGGGGACUCCCAUGCCAUUCGAUGGCCCGGACGAUAGCUAUGACUUCCUUCGGGCUAUCGCGUCUCAAGACCGGAAAGUCAUGGAGCUCCGCGAGGAACUGCACAGGGCCGAGAUCGAGCUCGAAGCCCUCAAGAAGCAGUGGGCACAGGCUGAAAAGUCCCGGAAGCGGACUCAGAUCAACUACCAAGCCGAGCAGAUGAAGCCGCUGCGGUCUCCAGACCAGCCAGGACCACCCGAUGGGGCAAGCUUGCACCGUCGGGAGCAAAGUAUCAGCUCGGUUGGAAGUUCCUCGGUUUCCCAAGAACGCCGCAGUCGGGAGUUGGAGCAGCGAAGCAGUCUCCGUGCUGCAGCCACCGCCGGCUCCAAGAUCUCAGCCAAUGGCCGACGGGUGUUCCAGGGCUCGCACACGCGGGCCCUGUCUCUUCUCACGCCUGCCACCGUGCCCGGCAUCCCCCAGCGUGGCGAUGCCGCUCCGUCACCAUUAGAAUCCAACCCCCUGGCCCGCGCCCCGCGGUCUGCCACCUUGCCGUCAUUGGAGCGCAACAAAACUUCCAGCAUCGGGACUCCCGUCGAUGACAGCCACCUGCCAGAGCACUUGCUCACUCAUCUACGAAACACAGUGCCUCCGCCGUCCGGGGAGACUAUCAUGCGAACCGGAAAGCAAAUGGCUUCGGACCUACGUGAGGGUCUCUGGACCUUUUUAGAGGACCUUCGACAAGUGACCGUAGGCGAGGAUGCUGUCAAUGGAGUACAAAACCGGACCAUGUCGCCUUCUAGGUCGUUGGCACCGCCCAACGGGCGCAAGCGGAAUUCAUCAGCCCAUUCCCGGAGCCGGGACCGGCUGUCUGUAGCGGGGGACCGAUCAUCACGGUCGUCGGGAUCUUCACAGGGUCGAGCGCCAGCGCCUGACACAAUAUCUGGUAAAACCACCAAGCCGGAAGAGAUUUCAACGUCUUUCUGGGAUGAAUUCGGCGUUGAUAAACCGGCGCAGAAGCCCCAGACCGCUCGCCACACCAACGACCUCGCCAACCGCCCAAGCCGAACCGACGACCCCGAGCACCGCGGCCGCCCCACCAGCCGUCAAGCCGACAAGGAGGAUGAUACGGUCGACGACUGGGACGACUGGGACGCGCCUCAGUCCGAGCCGAAGGUGGCGCACACGCCGUCGUCCAGUCGAUCGACGGUUGAGUCCUCCAAGCACGACCAAUCGCCCAUCACGCAGGGCAGCAGCCCACGGACCAGUGCUAGCUUUGGCGACACCAACCCGUCUAUCACCGCCCCCGAUCAGACCGUCCCCGAGGGCCUUCCCUGGCCUGCAAUCUCCAAGUUGACGCCCUCCAAGCUCCAACGCACUGCCUCCACGCUGAUGGCUGAGUGGGAGCGGAGCAUCUCGCCCUCUCCGGAGCGGUCAGGUUCUCUUUCUCGCAGCCGGAGCAAAAGUAGCAAAGCGGACUAA